CCGCGCGUCACCGGAGACAUGUCGUUCGCCGAAACCAACCCAGCGGCAUCUUCCCUUCCCAACGGCAAUUGUGGCUGCCCCAGGGCGCGACCGGGAGGGAACCGAGUGACGGUGGUGCUCGGCGCGCAGUGGGGCGAUGAAGGCAAAGGGAAGGUGGUGGAUCUCUUGGCGCAGGACGCCGACAUCGUUUGCCACUGCCAGGGAGGAAAUAAUGCUGGCCAUACAGUUGUUGCUGAUUCUGCAGAAUAUGACUUUCAUCUUUUAUCAAGUGGAAUAAUUAACCCAAAUGUUACUGCAUUCAUUGGAAAUGGUGUGGUAAUUCAUCUACCUGGAUUGUUUGAGGAAGCAGAGAAAAAUGUUCAAAAAGGAAAAGGUCUAGAAGGCUGGGAAAAAAGGCUUAUCAUAUCUGACAGAGCUCAUAUUGUAUUUGAUUUUCAUCAAGCAGCUGAUGGUAUCCAGGAACAACAGAGACAAGAACAAGCAGGAAAAAAUUUGGGUACCACAAAAAAGGGCAUUGGCCCAGUUUAUUCUUCCAAAGCUGCUCAGAGUAGACUAAGGAUGUGCGAUCUUGUCUCUGACUUUGAAGGCUUCUCUGACAGGUUCAAAGUUCUGGCUAACCAAUACAAAUCUAUAUACCCGACUUUGGAAAUAGAUAUUGAAGGUGAAUUACAAAAACUCAAGGGUUAUAUGGAAAGGAUUAAACCAAUGGUAAAAGAUGGAGUUUAUUUCCUAUAUGAGGCCCUACAUGGACCACCAAAGAAAAUCUUAGUAGAAGGUGCAAAUGCAGCACUGCUAGAUAUUGACUUUGGGACUUAUCCUUUUGUAACCUCUUCAAAUUGUACUGUUGGAGGCGUUGGUACUGGUCUGGGUAUGCCCCCUCAAAAUGUGGGAGAAGUGUAUGGAGUUGUGAAAGCUUAUACAACUAGAGUUGGUAUCGGUGCCUUUCCUACAGAGCAAGACAAUGAAAUUGGAGAAUUAUUACAAACAAGGGGUAGAGAGUUUGGUGUAACUACUGGAAGGAAAAGAAGAUGUGGCUGGUUGGACCUUGUUUUGCUCAAAUAUGCUCACAUGAUCAACGGAUUUACUGCGUUGGCACUUACCAAACUGGAUAUUUUGGAUAUGUUUACGGAAAUAAAAGUUGGAGUUGCUUAUAAGUUAGAUGGUGAAAUCAUACCUUAUUUUCCAGCAAACCAAGAAGUCUUAAAUAAAGUUGAAGUUCAAUAUAGGACUCUUCCAGGAUGGAAUACAGACAUAUCAAAUGCAAGGACAUUUAAAGAACUCCCUGUUAAUGCACAGAAUUAUGUUCAAUUUAUUGAAGAAGAGCUUCAAAUUCCAGUGAAAUGGAUUGGUGUAGGUAAAUCCAGAGAGUCUAUGAUUCAACUCUUCUAAGAAUUUCCAGUGACACAAGAAACACUCCUUGAGAGGGGGAAAAAUGAGACUUUCUUAAACAUUUCAUUUAUGAUAUGCAAAUUCAAGAAUAAAAACAUUGAAAUGAGUUUUAAGCCCC